UGCUUGGAAGACAUGCGCUUUGCGGCAAAGUCCUCCUUUUCUCCACACACGCUUCUAAGCCUCGGCACAUCUACUAACUACACUUUAUUCAUCCUCCGUGUCAGCAUCAACUCCACUCGUCUCACUCUACUUUGGAGAUUAUUAGGCCCGCUUAGUUUGUUUGUUGUUUGAGCGCGCCAAUUAGCUUAGCAUGCUAGUUAGCUUAGCUUGUUAGCCGCUAACAAAGAGACGCGGAUUUGAUCAACACAUCGCUUAGUUAAGAUCAAGUGUGAGUGUAAAGUGUUGUGAUUGUGUGAAAAUGUGCGAAAGAACGAUAGAAAAGUAUGAGGAGGAACUUUGUUGUGUGAAAAUGUGUGAAAGAACGAUAGCAGAGUACAAAGAGGAACUUUCUCGGACAAAAGAAGAGAACGAGAGACUACGUCAACUAUUGGAGGCUGUUUUCAAGAAACCUCAAGUUGUGUUACACAGAACAGAUGUCGAAGAAGAACAUUUUUUUCGUGAGCAGGAAGAGGAGCCACAGUCCCCCCACAUUAAAGAGGAAGUUGAGACGCCACAGACCCAUAAUGUUAAACUGACCCUUCACAUUAAAGGGCAAACGGAGGACCCACUGAACUUACACAUCAAAAAUGAAGAGGAGGACCCACUGACCCCUCACUUUAAGGAGCAAGAGAACCUGCUGACCGCUCACAUUAAAAAGGAAGAGGAGGACCCACUGACCCCCUGCUUUAAAAAGGAAGAAGAGUUCCAAGAGGCGCCGCACAUUAAAGAGGAAGAGGAGGAAGAGGGCAUCAGUCAGCCUAAAUGGUUGGAGGAGUUCCCAGUGACUGGUGUCCCUGUGAAGAGUGAAGGUGAUGAGGUGAAAGGUGAAAGUGAGGAGAGGGGAGGGGGGGAGCCUCCAAGCAGCAGCUCAACACAACACAUGACAACAGAAGCUGAUGGAGACCACUGUGGAGGAUCACAAGCAGACAAGCUCUUAGCUCCACUAUCAGAUAGUGAGGACACAACGUCACACUCUCCUGACACUGAUGAUGAAGACUCUAAAGAUGAUAAGACAUGUCACACUGACAACACUCACUUCACAUCUUCUCACUGUCAGAAAACAUUUAAAUACCGUCAUAGUCUGAAAAGACACAUGAGAACACAGACUGGAGAAAAACCCUUUUCAUGCUCAAUCUGUGGAAAAGGUUUUGUAGAAAGUCGCGAUUUGAAAAGACACAUUAGAACACACACUGGUGAAAAACCUUUUUCCUGUUCAACCUGUGGUAAACGUUUUCUUGUAAGUCACAAUUUGAAAGUACACAUUAGAACACACACUGGUGAAAAACCUUUUUCCUGUUCAACCUGUGGUAAACGUUUUCUUGUAAAUCAUCAUUUGAAAAGACACAUGAGAACACACACUGGUGAAAAGCCUUUUUCCUGUUCAACCUGUGGUAAAGGUUUUACAACAUGUACAUAUGUGAAAGUACACAUGAGAACACACACUGGUGAAAAAUCACAUUCCUGUUCAAUCUGCAACAGAAGCUUUUGUGACCAAUCAGACCUUGUAGCACACAUGAGAAGACACCCAGGAGAGAAAGUGUUGAGUUGCAGUGUGUGUGGUGAAAGAUUGUCUUCUAAGUACCAGUGUAAGAAACACAAGUGUGCUGGUGAGAACAGCAGCAGCAAAUGAAACUGCAGGAUUUGAAAUAAACUGUCCAGACUUUCAUUUUGACUUUCUAACAACAUCAGCACAUAUAACAUGUGUGACAUUGUUGUUUGUCUAACAAUCUGUUUAAUAUGCUUCUACAUUUAUAGAUUACAUAUUUUGUAUUAAUGCUUUUUUCAGUCAAGCACAUACAUUAAUAUGCAACAUUGUGUACUUUUAUUAAAAAAUGGGCAGAACAAUUUAAGUAAAAAGGUGGGAGUAAAUAGUACGGGAAAUAUUUUACAUGCAAUAAACAUUUUAUAUGUGUGUGUGUAUAUAUAUAUAUUGUGUAUAUUCCAGAUAUAAUUUUAGACUUAUUCAUAUGAAAUAUUGAAGUAUUACAUAUUUGUAUUUGUAAUUGUUAAUAAUCCCAUAGAUUAUCACCUUUAUAUGAUAUACAUAUGUACUGGUUCACAUCUGAAACAUCUUCUGGACCACUUCAGGAAGCAUAUUAUUAUUUACUUUAUACAUCAUUUCAACAAUACAAUUUUAAAAUGUGUGACUUUUUGAAUCAUCUGUUGGGUCUCUUUAAUCUAUUUUAUUCAUUAUAUUUUUUACUCUGUAUUAUGAUGAUUGUGUUGUGAUUGUUAUAUAUGUAUGUCCCCAGACCUUUAUGUAAUAUAAAAGUGAGAGAAAAUGACUGAAUUAUUUGUGGAAGGAUGGUUUUGUUUUUACUUACAUUUGUGGAUAUAUUAAAUAAAUCCAGUAUUGUGUUUUGAA